AUGGAAAUCGAGUCAUCUGAGCUUCUGGAGGAGUCAAUGGAAGAGGAACAAGCUGCUUACAUUCUUGGAUUUGUCGUGCCAGAGAGAAAAAAUUACAUUCCUCGUAUAAAGGCCGAGAAGGCUGGAAUUUUGGAUCUAAGAUUCGAGACGUUUCAACUGGAUUUGAUGAAAGCUGGUUUGAGAUUUGGGGAGAGGGGGUCACGGUUUCUUUAUAUGUUUUAUGCAUAUGGAUCAUCAUUAUCUAGUUGGAAUCAUUGUAGACCAGUGAUUGCUGUUGAUUUUCAAAGGAUGCAAAUAACCAAAUUUUCCCACGCCUUUGGAAUAGUAGAAUCUGAAAAUAACAAUUCCUAUGAGUGGUACUUUAGUCAGCUCCGCAAUGCAAUUGGGAGCCGUGAGAAUUUAAUAUUUUUAUCAGACAGGCAUCAAGCUAUUGCAUAUGGCAUUGCAAAGGUAUAUCCUGAAAGCCAUCAUGGGAUUUGCAUCUAUCAUUUGGAGCAGAACCUAAAGCGAAGGAAGGUGAAAAGUGAGGUCAUAAAACUUUUCCAAAGUGCUGCAAGAGUAUACAUGCGCAAAGAAUUUGAUCUAUACAUGUCAGAUAUAGCAAAAGUAGAUAAAAAGACUUAUGACUACUUGAUGGAAGAACCACCGGAAAGGUGGGCACGUUCUUGUAGUCCACGACGAAGAUAUGACAUGCUCACAACAAACAUAGUUGAGUCAAUGAAUUCUGUCAUAUUAGAAGCAAGGGAGCUGCCUAUAUUAAGAAUGAUGGAUUUCAUUCAAGUGAAGCUACAACGUUGGUUUUAUGAAAGAAGAAAUGAAGCAGAAGGAACUUUUUAUGAUGUUUCUUGUUGGGUCUUCCCUGUUGAUUUAUGGCGUUCUAGAGUUGAAGAAGAAGGAAUAACUUUCUUGGUGGACUUAAACAAAAGAACAUGUGAUUGUUUUCAGUUUCAAUUUGAUGAAUUACCAUGCAUACAUGCAAUUGCAGCUAUCGAGAAGAGAAACAUCCAGAAGUCCAACUUUUGUUCACACUGGUACUUAAAGGAAUCUUGGCUGAAAACAUAUGAAAGACAAAUACAUCCUGUAGGACAUACUGAUUCUUGGAUUGUACCAGAGAGUGUUAAGUCACAAAUUGUUAAACCUCCAGAUUUCAAAGUGCCACCAGGUAGAAGGCAGAAGAAAAGGCAUAUUCCAGCUACUGAGUCAUAA